GAAAUGUUACGCGAUUUACGUAGUGCUCUUAAUAAUGGCGUCCGUGCCGGAGAUGCGCUUGGGUCUGGGAAAAUGAAGCGGAGGAGAAGUUCUGUCUGUUAACAAAAAGCCGGGGUUUUCUUUUACGGGCUCUACGUCGAAAACACCGGCGUUUCAACUAGGUUUGGGUUCACAUUCUUGUCCCUGGAGCCCCGAAAUGAUGAAGCUGAAAUCGAACCAGACCCGGACGUACGAUGGGGAUGGCUACAAGAAGCGGGCCGCCUGUCUGUGCUUUAGGAGUGAGAGUGAAGAGGAGGUGUUGCUGGUGAGCAGCAGCCGACAUCCCGACAAGUGGAUCGUACCGGGCGGAGGGAUGGAGCCGGAGGAGGAGCCCAACGUCGCUGCAGUUCGGGAGGUUUGCGAGGAGGCUGGCGUCAAGGGAACUUUAGGACGGCUUGUAGGAAUUUUUGAGAAUAGAGACAGGAAGCACAGAACGUAUGUGUACGUUCUCAUCGUAACGGAGGUGCUGGAAGACUGGGAGGACUCUGUAAAUAUUGGGAGAAAAAGGGAAUGGUUUAAAAUAGAUGAUGCCAGAAGAGUGCUGCAGUGUCACAAGCCCGUGCAGGCCUCCUACUUCGAGGCCCUCCAGCAGGGCUGCCUGACCAGCAACGGGACGCCCCUGGUGGCCACGAUAGCUGGAGACCUCUCCCCCACAUACAGCAUCAACCAGAGCUCCGUCUCGGGUAUCAGAUAACUAACACACAACACAGAAACUCCCGGAGGUCUCUCUGCCUCUUUCCUUUUUCUUACUUAAUCCUCC